CAUGCUAAUCAAAUUGACAUGGUUGCGAUGACACGAUUAAUCAAUUAAUUCUGCUGUGAAAAAUAGUCCGAAAUGAAAAAAGAUUUGAAUACUUCAUCUUUAUAUUGAGCAAAAAAUCAAAAUAUCAAUUUUUAGUGAAGGUAGCAGCCAGAAAGGUUAAGAAGCUGAGAGCCAUCGAAAGUAUACAUUGUAGAUUAAAGAAAUAAAAUAAAAAUGGAUAAGAAAGAUAAAACACCGCCAGCAGUAAAGCUAAAGCCAGAAAAGAAAGACGUAUCAUCUACUGGUUCGUUUUCAAAAGCUAGAAGAACUUUUGAGGCUCCGUUAAGUAAAACGCUUCCAGAAAAAUUAGAGGAUAAAAUAUGUUGGUAUGCUAGAAAUAGAAACUGGAAGGCUCUAAAUAAACUGCUUGAAGAAGCGAAAGAGGACGAAGCUGUGUAUUUUAGCCUUGCCGGAGUUUCCUAUGAUGAAGGACUUACUCCUCUCAUGGCAGCAUGUCGAGAUGAUCAAGUUAACUCUGCUGAAUCCUUACUCAACUCAGGUGCUUUUAUCGACGACAUCGACUCCAAUGGUAGGACAGCACUGUUUCAUGCAGCGACAUAUGCAUCUCAAGAAAUGGUAAAAGUUUUGCUAGAUCAUGGAGCUGAUCCGUUUAUGGUUGCAGGGGAUUACGAACGAACAUGUCUUCAUCAAGCAUGCUCAAGAAGUAGCGGUGCUAUAGAUGUUGUAAAGCUUUUGUUGGAGACAAUGGGAAAUGAAGCUAAAUUGGAACAGGACAAAGCCGGGUUGAUACCUAUCCAUCUGGCUAUAAAUAAGGGUAACAUCAAUGUUGUACACGAAUUGCUUCAUGAUGAGGUCGACGCACAACUCAAAGCAGUCACAAAGGAUUAUCGGGACUGUGCAUUGCAUCUUGCUGCACGGAGAGGAGACUACAAUAUCAUGAAAGUUCUGGUUGAAAAUGGAGCUGAAGUUGAUCAAACCAAUCUUGAGGGCCAAACUCCGCUGCAUAUAGCUUGUUCAGAAGGUGACGAACAGACUGUAAAAUAUUUGCACGAGUCAAAAGCUUCGGGAAGCAUAAAAGACAGGCGAAACAGAACAGCCAUUCAUGUGGCCACGGAGACUGGUAACAAACAAAUCAUCGAGAUGUUAAUUGACAAAUUUCACUCAGAUAUCAAUCAAAGAUCGAAGGAUGGAAGCACAUUGGUGCAUUUAGCAGCAAAAUGCGGACAUGCAGAUGUGGCUUUAUAUUUCGUCAAAAGAGGCGUACCUAUUCAAAUGCCGAACAAAGAAGGGGCAGUUGCGUUACAUGAAGCAGCUAAGCAAGGACAUGUUCAUGUUGUUAGAGCGUUGAUUUCAAAAGGUGCACUCACAAAUACACUUACAAAGGAUAAAUACACACCGUUACACACGGCUGUGAGGUAUGGUAAGCAUUUGGUUGUUCAAAUUUUGCUGGGUAUUGGUGCAAGUGUUAACGAGCAGGGUGGAUCGAAAAAUGAAACUGCUCUGCAUUUGGCGGCAAAAUUACAACGUUUUUCUGAACAAGUUGUAGAAAUGCUGAUCAAAAGUGGAGCCAGAAUAAACGAAGAAAAUAUGGAAGGAGAUACUGCUCUUCAUGUCGCUAUAAAGCAUCGCAAUUAUCCGGUCGUGAAAAUGCUAAUCCAAAAUGGCGCCUUUGUCGAAGUUAAAAACGAGGCUGGGGAAACUCCACUGCACCUGGCUAUCAAAUAUAUGACUGUUGCAAUCGCUUUGGAAAUUAUUGAUGACAUGAAAAAAGACAUGGAGGUUGAUGCAUUUGUUAAAGCAGUAAACGAUGUGAACAAGGAAGGUGAAACAGCUCUUCACUAUUGUGCUAAUAUCAGACCUAAAAUAGAAAACAAACGAACGUAUACAGAUCUGUGCAAACUUUUAUUGGAUAAUCAUGCUGAACUCAAUUUGAUGACGAAUACAACAGAAGAAACUCCACUUCACUAUUGCUGCCGUGGUGGAAACUCAGAUGUCCUUAGAAUGAUAUUGGGUGGCAUGACUGCCAAAGAAGCCAGUAAAGCUUCCAACCAACAAAAUAAGGGUUGUUGGUCUCCUUUAUUGAUUGCUUGUGAAAGAGGAUAUGCUGGAGUUGUGCGUAUUUUAUUAGAAAAUCACAGCAGAGUUGAUAUCUUUGACGAGUAUGGCAAAGCUGCAUUACACAUCGCAUGUGAGAAUGGUCAUUUGGAGUGUGCUGAAUUACUGCUGGAGCAGAAAGCGUAUGUCAACGCUAAAACAAAGCUUGGAUUGACUGCUGUAAGUUUGGCAUCCGCCAGUGGUCAUAACCAACUGGUUGAAUUGUUGAUCACGAAAUACGGUGCAGCACAUGACAUAUUAGCUCUGAAUAAAAGAUCAGCCUUGCACCUAGCAGCAGAAAGAGGACAUUUGCAUGCAUGUCAAACUCUACUUGAUCUUGGCGCUGACCCCAUGAAAACAGAUUUGAAUGAACAAGCUUCUAUUCAUGGUGCUGCGGAGAAUGAUAACCCACAGAUUGUAAAAAUGUUUUUAUCAAAAUAUCCCGAGUUGGCUGGAUUGAUUAAUAAGGAAGGAAAUAAUUGUACACAUAUUGCUGCAUCAAAAGGCAGUGUUGAAGUAAUGAAAGCGCUUAUUAAGAGCGAUCCAACAAUGGCUUUCGCGAAAAACAAGGGUACUGGACAAAUGCCAAUUCAUUUAGCUGCUGCUGGAGGGCAUGUGGAAGUUUUGCAAUUGUUAAUUAACCAGGGAGUUCCCGUUGCUGAUGAAGAUAAAGAUGGCAUGACACCUUUACAUCUUGCUGCAAAAUUUGGACAAAGAGGCAGUAUUGAUUUAUUAAAAGGAAAAAUCCCAUUUAGCAUUGUCAGUAACAAGACUGGUUUUACGCCACUGCAUAUCGCAGCAGAGCACGAUCAAACUGCAUGUAUGGCUGAUUUCUUAACAAGAGUAUCUGGAGGUAUAUUGAGUGAGUGCCCAGUGGGUAAGCCUCCAGAAGAAACAGAAUACUUAUACACGAGUCUUCACCUUGCUGCUAAAAAUGGACACGUGGGUGCUGUGAGAAUGCUGAUAAAUAGUGACGGUGUCAUUGUUGAUAAACCAACAUCGAAGAAAGGCUAUAUUCCAUUACACAUGGCAAUAGUUGAAGGACACAAUGAAGUGGCGAGUUUAUUGUUGAGUAGAUCUGCAGAUCAAAUUAGGUUCAAGUGUGCAGCAGGACGAGCUCCUCUCCAUUUUGCAGCUGCACAUGGGCAUUUGCAAUUGGUGCAAUUACUGUUGGGUCAAGGUGCCGAAAUCAAUGAUCCCGACAACAAUGGAUGGACCCCUCUUCACUAUGCAGCCGAUGCUGGCUUUCUAGAAGUGGUUCGCUAUCUAGUCCAAAUGGGGGCUAUUUCAACUAUAGAAGAUAAUGAUGGUAAAGCACCAUUAGCGUUUGCUGCUAAGAACCAUCAUUUAGACGUUAUGAAGUUUUUAUUGUUAAACGAAUUUGACGUCGAAGAACUCUUGCAGGAUAAAAAAUUUUUGGCUCAUUUGAUGAUUUGCUGCAAGUUGAACAACAAUGUCUCAGCCCAGGAUUUUAUUUUGAAUUCUCCUGCACCUAUCUAUACAGCUAUUAAACUCACCUUGAUGUAUCGAGAAGAAUCGUUGAGAGUGAAGGACAAAAGUCAGGAUUACUUGGAAAUUGCUUUAUUUUGCGAGCAAAUGGCAUAUGACAUACUUCACAUUGCUACAACGUAUGGUUGUGAAGGGUUAUUGAACGCCAUUGAUGAUGCCAAACAACCAUUGUUAGAUAUCAUGAUAGAUAAUGAAUUCAAAGAUUGCGUUGCACAUGCAAAUGUACAAGGUUACUUAUCUGACCUGUGGAGAGGAAACGACAUUCAUAUCGAAGGAGUGUUCGCCAUUUUAGUUGCAUUCAUCUGUUUCAUUUUCCCGCCGUUAUGGUUUUUCCUUUGCUUGCCAUUUCAUCGUUGGAAUAAAAUACCUACACUGAAGUUCAUAUGUCAUAUUGUUUCACACAUGUAUUUCAUUAUUGUGUUAACAUUAGUGAUUGUCGUGCCGUGGGAUCGGUCUUAUCUUGAGCUAUAUCCAAUGCCAUGGGAAUGUGCACUGCUAAUUUGGUUGUUUGCCAUCUUUGUAAAACAAAUUGCUGAUUCCGAGUUUAAAUUGCUGCGAUUAAUAACAUGUGUUUUGUCAAGUGCAGCUCUUGGUGCAAACUUAAUGGCAGUAUUUGUCGACGACAGACCAAGAGAGAAUUUGAUGUACGUUAGAGAUAACAUCUUUGCCUUUGUCCUGCUUGUGCUGAUUGUUCAAAUCUUUGAAUUUAUGAACAUGCAUGAAUUAUUUGGUCCAUGGUCUGUUAUCAUUCGAAGUUUGGUCAUGGAUGUUGUGAAGUUUCUUAUAGUGCUAUUGUUGUUUAUUGGUGCUUUUACAUUACAUAUGUGCGUGAUUUAUAAACCAGUUUAUAACAAAAAGAGAGUUGAUUUUCCCGAAGGUUUUACUGACUUAAACAUUAAAGUCAGCAUUAGAAUAGUUUUUGAAGAGCUAUUCUUUGCAUGCUUCGGUCUUACAAAUAGACCAGUAGAAUUAACUGCAAAGGAAAGAAACGACAGUCCGAGUGAAACGUAUGUUAUCGCUACAUUUGUCUUUGCUAUUUAUCAGAUUCUUGCUAUUAUUGUGCUGGUGAAUUUACUUAUUGCAAUGAUGAGCGACACAUAUGCCAAAAUUGAAGAAAAGUCGGAAAUUGAAUGGAAGUUUGGACGUGGAAGUGUAAUAUGGAAUAUGACUAAAACAACAUCUGUGCCGGCACCUGUUAAUUUGGUGACUACAUUCAUCGUUGUUUUAAAAGUAUGCAUUACAGCAAGGUUUUUAUGUUGUUGCGCCAACGUCCGAAAAAUUUAUUACGACAUGAACAACAAAGUGCAUGGUCGAUUUGAUAACGAUGAUGAAAGUGAUGAAGAUGAAGGAGAAGAGGAUAUUGAGAGCCCAAAAAGAAAAAAAAGACCUCAACAUUUGAAAAAGGUUGUACCCUGGAAAGACAUUAUUGAAGAAUAUUGGCUAUUCAAGGAAGUCGACAAUAGCAGCGAAGCCUAAAUCGCCCUGUUGAAACCAUUCAACUUGUGUACAACGAAACAAAAUAUAUAUAUAACAUUAUUUUGUAUUCGAAACUUGGACAUAUGUUUUGCUGUUUAAAGAUUAUCAAACUAAACUAAGACAGAACAGUAACGAAAAUCGAGAUAUAUGAUUAUACAAAAAAAGCAAUCGAACGUAGUGCGGUAGGAAGCGGAUGGAAGUCAAGGGAUAUAGGAUUGGGGAAAUUGAGGCAAUAAUUCGUUUUAAAAUGCGUUCCUCCUUAAUAAAAAAUACGAUAUUGUUUCCCUACCUCUUUAUAAUCAAACUGUUGCGUUUUUUGGCUGGGACCAAAACAUAGUUUCCCUCGCGGAGACCUUUGACCCUGUUUCCCUCGCGGAGACCCUUGACCCUUCCUACGGUACUAGAACGUGACAAUAAACAAGUUAAAUACAUUUAAAGUUAUAAAUAUUCAAAAUGCUUUUUUCUUUGCAUUAUAAACAAAGUUAAGCACUUAAUAUUGUAAGAUUUAUAUACUUGUUGAAAUAUUUUUAUUCUUAACUCUAA